UAGAAUGACCUUAGCUACCCCACAUUUCCGUAUUGCAAGACAUUUUUGAGACACCCUGUAUAAUAAAACGAAUGCAUGCAAUACCUAAGAGUUUACGCGCGACUAUAAUUCAAAUUUUAUUUGAAAGGAACAUGUGAUGUAUUCUUUUAGAAUCGUUUUUGUCGCAUUAUGAAAUUUAGUUCUUACGUAAAAAGAUCAAGUAAUAAAAUAACAAAAUGCAAGUACAAAAGUAUCUUCAGCUAACACUGGCAAUAAUUAAACCUUAUGUAGUUAAAUCUCCCUUUGUGCUCCAGAAAAUUCGAGAUUUAAUAAUUGACAAUAAUUUCAAAGUUGUCAGAUCACGCAGGACUAUAAUUGCUCCAAAAGAAGCAGCGCUGUUUUAUGCAGAGCAUAAGGAUAAAUUUUUUUAUAAUCGUCUUACGACAUUCAUGUGUAGUGGUCCAUCGGAUAUUCAUAUCUUAGCUAAUUAUGAUGCCAUUUGCAAAUGGAGAAAACUAAUGGGUCCCACAAAAGUUUAUCAUGCACAAUAUAGUAAUCCUGAAACAAUUCGAGGAAUGUUUGGUCUCUCAGAUACCAGGAAUGCAACGCACGGAUCAGACUCUGUAGAAUCUGCAGAAAAGGAGAUUGCCAUAUUUUUCAGUGAAUUUGAUUCCAGGAAAUGGUACGAAAACGAAGAAAAAUAUUAUAAUUUAGGUAGACUUCAUUUUGAUCCAAUAGCUUUUGUACAUACCAUUGACAGCAGCUUCAAGGAAAUUAAUAAAAAAGAAUGAUAGACUGAUAAAUAUUAAUAGAGUAAUAAAUUUUAUUUGAAAUUAUAUUUAUAUUAGUCUAUCAAAUACAUAAACUAAUAUUCUAGUCACUUGAAAACUAUUACUUUUGUAUUUUAUUGCAACUUAGAGAUUAAAUUAUAUUUAUAUCUA